GGAGGCAAGAAGGCGGAGCUUCUGGUUCUGGACUCGAAGCGGAGCAACGCCAUCAACAUUGGCAUGACGGUGCUGCCGAACGUGAACGUUAUCAAGAGCGCCAUCCUCAACUACGACGAAUUCGCCAUCAGCAAGGAGGGCAUUGAGAAGAUCCUGACCAUGACCCCCACAGACGAAGAGAAGCAGAAGAUCCAGGAAGCUCAGCUGGCCAAUCCCGACGUUCCUCUGGGAACAGCUGAGCACUUCCUGUUCAGCCUGGCCUCCAUCAGCGCCCUGACUCCCCGCCUGCAGCUCUGGGCCUUCAAGCUCAACUACGAAGCUCUGGAGAAGGAGAUCGCCGAGCCGCUGUUUGACCUGAAGCUGGGCAUGGAGCAGCUGGCCUCCAAUCAGACGUUCAGGAGAAUCCUGGCCACGCUGCUCGCCAUCGGAAACUUCCUCAACAGCUCCAAC